GGCAAAGCUAUUUCGGCGUUUCUGCUGCAGUAACUUCAAAAUAUGAACCCAAGGGCAAUUUUUUUUUCUAGAGUUAAAUUAUAUUAGCGAGGUGAUAUCUCUAUUUGGCUCAAAUGCCACUUUUUCAAACUUCUUUGCUCCUUUAAACAUCCCUAAUACAGCAGUGCCAACUCUUUCAGUGCGACGAGCAGAGAGCAGGGGGGAGGAGGAGGAGGAUUGACAGCAGAUGCCUUUGCAGCAGAGGACCAGAGAGGAUGUAUGUCCGUGUGUGCUGUUCCGGGACAAAAUCCGCACAUGUUUAAACGUUCACUUAUCGAAAUUUAAACCGCGAGAUUUUACGAGUUUGUGAGAGAAAGCAAAGACAAUUCAAAGCGCAGUGUCAGAGGGAAUUCUUCUCUAAAGAAGAUGGACGGGACGACCUGAAUAGACGAUUGGAUCACUUCAUUUAAAAGAUGUAUUUCGUGCUAUCAUUUUUUUUUUUUCUUGAUUAAAUCAACUUGGAUGUUCUAUUGAGACCAGUCACUCAAAGCCUAGCUAACGAUGGAGAGUGGAGUUUUUCUGCCCUGUCUGGAUCAGUUCAUGCUGAGCCCACUUGUCACUUGGGUGAGGACAUUCGUGCCAAAUGAUGGAGGCAUGCACUUGGAUUUUUCUGAACUGCUGGAUGGAGUCUUUCUAAACGACAUAAUGACCCAAAUAAAUCCUUCAGCUUCAUCUCAGGGUGCAAAGAAAAUGAGCAAGGAUCCAAGUCAGAGGAUCCAGAACCUGAACUUUCUCGUGCAGCAGAUCAAGACAUUUUACCUGGAUAAUCUGAGACAAUUAAUCAUGACUCCUUUGCCAAAUGUGUUGCUGCUUGGCAGGACUCCUUACUGUGAACAAAGCCUGGAUGAAAUGAGGAAACUUUUGCUAUUACUAUUGGGAUGUGCAGUUCAGUGUGAGAGGAAAGAGGAGUACAUUGAGAGAAUCCAGACACUUGACUUUGAGACAAAAGCAGCAAUAGCUGCUCAUAUUCAGGAGUUGACUCACAGUCAAGACAAUGUGCUGGAUCUGCAGUGGUUGGAGUCUAGUGAGCUGCACCCCGAUGAGAUGGAGGCAGCAGUAAGGAACAUGACCACACACCUCCGACACCUGCUGGAUCAGAGGGAUACCCAUCUGGAGACUAUAGCAGAGCUAAUGCAGGAGAAAGAGGGUGUGGUAAGUUUGCUCAGUAGCCCCUCCAGCCCACAGUCUGCCAGCUACUCUCCUACAAUUCAGCAGCAGCAGGUGGGGACCCAGCAACACCUUGCAGUCGAACUGGCCGACUCUAAGGCAAAGAUCAGACGACUUAGACAAGAACUAGAGGAGAAGAGUGAACAAAUGCUGGACUGCAGACAUGAGUUGGAGAACAUGGAGGCUGAGCUGAAGCGAAUCCAGCAGGAGAAUUCCCAGUUGCUUCUGGAUGCACGCACAGCCCGCACUUACCGUGAUGAACUGGAUGCCCUGAGAGAGAGAGCCAUCAAGGCGGACAAGCUGGAGAGUGAAGUGGGACGCUACAGGGAGCAACUGCACAAGAUGGAGUUCUACAGAGCCAAAGUGGAGGAGCUAAAGGAGGAUAAUAGGGUACUCCAGGAGACUAAAGAGGUUUUGGAGGAUCAACUGGAAGGCUGGAGGGCACGCUCAGAUAAAAUCCACCAGCUGGAGAAACACAAUCUGCUGUUGAAGGCCCAGGUCCAUGACAUGGAACAGGAGAGGGAGGCAGAUCGGAGGCGCAUUGAGGAAUUGCAAACGGACAACUUGGCUUUGUGUUUGGCACAGCGGAGGAGUAUGGAGGAGUCCCAGCACCUAGGCUGGGAGUUAGAGCAACUCUCCAAGACCACAGAAAGCUCCCAGGGCCAGCAGACCCUGAGUGAGGAGGUCAGCGAGAGGGCCUGCAGUCGAUUGCUGAAACUGGAGAAAGAGAACAAACAUCUCCUGAAGACCAUAGAGGAGCUCAGAGCUUCUGUUAAUAACAUCACACAAACCAAACAUAGCCACCUGGCGAUGUGUAGUAACAACUGUACCUCAUCAACAGACGAGCCCUCAGUGUUGCAGACCUCCUGCUCGAAUGCUAAAAAUCACUCUAAUGGAGUCUCCCUCAGUAUUGUAACAGAGUCGAUGCUAAAUGGGGAUUUAAGCUGCCAUCAGCAGCUAGACACCGAGGAGUUGGAGCGAGUCCAGAGUGCGAACCAUCUCACAGAUAAUCCAGAGCGUAAUAUCCAGGAGAAAGGACAGCUAGAGGAUGGAGACAGUGGGGACCAUUUCAAAGAAAGGAUGUCUGAUUUGGAAGUCUUAGAAAACAAUCACAAUAGGCGCCAUUAUUUUGUGAGGUCACAUGAUCACUCGCCUGGCUCAAAGAACAGCAGUCCCCGCCAUGAAAGCAUCUUCACAGGUCUGCCAACACGCUCCUCCUAUGCCAGCAAGCACACACAGCGGCUAGAGGCCAAGUGCAGGGCCCUGGACACAAUAAAUCAGCAUCUACAAACUUCACUUGACAACACUGACCGAAAGGUUCAGCAUCUAGAGGCAGAGGUUGAGGAGCUGGAAGCAGAGAAUCAGAGCCUGCAGGCCUCUUUAGAGGAACUUCGCAUCUCUGCACGACGCCUGGAGCAGUUAGAAACAGAGAAGCAGACCCUGGAGCAUGAAACAACUGCCCUGGAGAGAGACAAGAGGCAGCUAGAGAAAGAGAAUCGACGACUCCGGCAACAGGCUGAAAUCCAAGAAGCCAAAUUAGACAGCAGUAAUGUCUGUAUGGCUAGCUUGGAAAGGGAGAUGCGUUUUCUUGUAAAGGAAGUGGACGGAUUAAGGGAAACUGCUGAGAGGGUGAAAGGCCUGGAGAGAGACAACAGAGAACUGACCAAGCAGGCUGCUAUCGACCAGAGAACCCUGGCAACCCUCAGAGAAGAGCUAGUUAGCGAGAAGCUGAGAACCCAGCAAAGAGACAAUGAACUAGAGAGGCUUUCCCAUGAGCUGGAAAUGAAGGUCCUGAACCAGGAGAGUGCACAUCAGCCUGAACAAGAGAGACCAGAUAACAGGUUCAAAAUGCUUGAGUCUGAGCUGGAGACAUCUCUGAAAAAGUCUCUGCAGAUAAAAGACGACAAGUUGGCUUCUUUGGAGGCCCGUCUGCAGGAAUCCUCCUCUCUGAAUCAGCAGCUGCGCCAGGAACUAAAGAGUGUGAAGCUGAGCUAUGAAGCCCUGCAACAGAGGCAGGAGGAAGAGAGGACAACAUCAAGUUCCACACCUCCAAGAGAAACUGGCAAGGCCAUGAGUGAAUGGCUACGUGAAAGUCAGGAAGCUACCAAAGAACUGCUGAAGCUAAAAGAUCGCCUCAUUGAAGUCGAGAGAAAUAAUGCGACACUGGAGGCAGAACGCCAGGCUUUACAAGCCCAGCUAAAACAGCUGGAAAGUCAGUCUGACAGCCAGCAGGCUCAGGUCCUUGCCCUGCAGCGGCAGGCUGCCUCACUGCAGGAGAACAACACAGCAUUGCAGACACACAAUGCAACCCUGCAGGUGGAAAAGUCAACAGUGAAUUCACAGAGCGCCUCCCUUAUGGCCCAAAACACUCAGCUGCAGCAGCAGCAGUCUAAGGCAGAAAGUGAACGGGACAGUGCUAUACAUGAGCGUGAAGAGCUGCGCGGUGCUCAAGAGCAGCUGUUACGAGAUCACGAGCGCCUGGCAGUCCUGCACGAGCGACAAGCCAUGGAGUAUGAGGCCCUGAUGGGCAAGCACGGCUGUCUGAAAAAUGCCCACCGCACACUGGAACUGGAGCAUCGCACUCUUCAAGACAGAUACAACAGCCUGUUGCAGCAACGUAGCAAACUAGAAGACCUGGAGAAAGCCCUCAAGGAGGAGCAGAUGAGGAUGGCUUUGGAGAAAGAACAGCACAGGACAACCGCUGCUGAGUGCUGCAGGCUCCGUGAUGAGAAAGACUGGCUGAACCAGACAUACCGCCAGCUUCUUAACGAUAACGAGGCGCUGACAUCGGAUCACAAGCAGCUCAAGAGCCAGCUGAAUGAGGCCAAGCUGGAGCACACGUGGCUAGAGGCAGACUUUUCGAAGCUCAAAAAGGACUAUCAGCAGCUCGAUAUCACGUGCACAAAACUCACAAAUCAGUGCGAGAAUUAUCUGCUCUUCCACAGACGUGGGAACUGGAUUACUUUGAAGCUGAAGAAGCUGAUGAAAUCCAAUAGCCGCGAGCAUGGGCCUGAACGCCCACCCACACCCACACACUCAGGCGUUCCUGAGCCUCAGCUCUCCUGUCACGACAACAGUUCUUUCAUCAGCUCAAAUGGCUCUGGAGGCUCAGCCUCCACAGCAGCAUGCGAUGUCGUCUCACCCCAACGUAACAGCACCACUCUGAAAAUGUUUCCCCGUAUGAGGAACCGGCUGAAGGACAGAGACAAAGUCAAGUCCAUGUUUCGGCGUUCCAUAUCCCUGAGCAGCUUAGUCUGUCCCUCGCCCCCAUUAGAGGUAAACUGCUUGCCUGACAGCUCAGUACAGCUGGAAGACUCAGAAGCUGAUGUGGAGGAAAGCAGGAAAGACCCACUGACCUCAUCAUUUACCGACUCCAUCUCGUCCAUCCUCCCCCUUCCUCAUUCCACCACUCUGCCAUCUGUCCAUCUCGACAGCACCACCACUGACAUUGUUCCAGAUGUUUCUGAGCUGUGGGCGACAGAUAAGCAUUCAAAUGACAGCAAUUUGCCAUCUGGACUUGAGGACAAUGAUGAGCUGCAAAAUCACGGGCUGAAUUGCACUGAGAGCAGGGCCCAAAGUGAGAGCAGUGUUGAGUUCAACCUGAGCCUGGAGAAUGAGCCGUGGUCAAAUGGAAGCAGCCCUGUGCAGCACCCUCCAUCACGUCGUUCUUCCUCCUCCUCCUACCAACCACCCAGUGAUGCCUCAACCCCCCAGCACACAAAGCAGCAGCACAAAGAGAAAGCCUCUACUAUGCCCACUGCUAACAGUAAGAUUUCAGAUAUCCAAUGUGAACCAAAACAGAGAGAUCCUGUUCUGCCUCAGGACUUCUGGCUUAGAAGGGGCACAAAAAGUAUUCGAAGAGGGUCAAGGGGGAAGAUGACAAGGCGCGCUUCAGAUUCAGGAGGCACAGGCAAAAUCAAUCCAGGACUCAAUGGGAUGAAUCCUAAACUGAGCACAAGCAAAGCUGAAACUACCAAAGCCUCUGCUUGUUCACCAAUCACAGUGUUGUAUGUUCAGGGCAAGUCAUCCUCAAUGUCCGGCUGCCUCAACUGCUUCUCUUCCCCGAUGGGAAAAGAAGGGCGACUGAAAGGGCCGUGGUCUCCCAAAAGUCUCCCUCGCGCAAGCAGUGUCAUUUCAACAGCAGAGGGCUCGUCCCGACGAUCCAGUGUCAGCAGUGACUACAAGGUGAUAGUCAAGACUGACCUGCUCCCUGUCCAGGUUUCAGAGUAUUCAGAGAGCAAUAUUAAGGAAGAAGCAGCAAGCCCAAAUCAACAACCAGAGCCAGAGAUUAAGAACAGUGAGCCUGCGCCCAUUCCUCCUGUCAAACCUCCAAGAGACCCAGCAGCUGUGCAGGAGCCACUUUUUGACUCCUCAUUCACUUUCAAAUCUGUCUUUUCCAAUACAAUCUUUGGUGAUUCCGUGGUUACCACCACAACUAGUCUAGAUGGGCUUGACACCAACCGAACCGUCCUCUGUCAAAAUUCACCUCUGGAUCAAACCUGUUCACGAGAAAUCUCAAAAUCUGUCGAAAACACACCGCAAACAGUUCUUAAUAUGGCAGAUGAGCAGAGUCAAAAUCCAGAGCAUGCAGCUGGGCUGGGAGGGAAAGACGAGCAGCUCACGAUUGCAUGAAAGCAGCCGUCACUGUCACACCACUGUACAAUUAGUCACUCAAAUAAAGCAGGUGGCUAUGAAGCAAUUAUUCAUCACAGCACACAAGGAUUUUAAGCAAUCAGUAUGUUUGCACUGUAUUACACUGGCUACCUAUAAAAGUGUGUUCAAUAAAAAGACAUUCUGAUAUUUUUUUUUACAUUGCUGUAGUAAUCAACCUGAGCAGCAGAUCAAAAGUGUUACAGUAUUAUUUACGCAUUGGUUAUUGUUUUGUAAAAAUGAUGUUUAAUUUCAUUCAGUGAUACGUAGAUAGAUCUCCUGUUUAACCUCUAAUUAAUUAGAUUUGUGCGUGUCAUUGAGACCUUAGCCAUACUUGUAAAUAUAUUCGUGUUUGCCAAAAAUAUUGUAUUCAUUUUUGUAAUUUCUAUUUAUGUUCUGUUCCUCAUACAUGAGUUAUAACUUAUUAUGCACUGCUUUUAGAGUCUCUUUUAUUUUGUAUUUGAAUCUGAGGUGGGAAGUGUUGCUCAUAUGUAAGACAUGUGUAUAUCUUCUACCACGUGAACGCUAUUUUCCCUUAAAUAAAGAAACCUGUGCAAAAUGUGAA